AGAGGGUGCGGGGAUGCUCGGGUCCGCAUCCCUCAGCUGCUCCCCCGGGGGAACCGCGCGCUGAGAGCAUCGUGCAGUCCUCUCCGUGCACGGGGCAAAGCGACGGGGUGGGAGUCCUAGCCGCGUCCCGCAGCGUCGCGGGGCGCCUCUCCUGGCUUUCGAGGAACCGCUGCGAAGCGCUGUAGGGUUGGUUGGUUUCGGUGGGUUCGGCUGAGCGCUGCGUUUACGACGCCCCGCGGUGGUAUUUCUCACCUUUCCUUUCAGCUUUCUUUGCGCUGAAGCGAGCGGCUUCCUUCCGGCGCAGCCUGCUGCGAGAGGACCCUGUUGGAAGGGACGCGUAAGGGUCAUCGGGCUCAGCUCCAGUUUGCGACCUGGAAGGAGCCAGGCCUUGAUUCCUUCCCCACUUCCAACUUUUACAUGAGUUAUUUGUAUACGUUUAUACGUAUUUUAAGCCAUUCAACGUGCCUCCCGGUGCUUUCCUCCCCACUGCUCCAAACCCAGAAGGCUCCCUCCUGCCGCAGAGAGGAUGUGCUGUCCCAUCCCUUCAUUGAUUUUUUUUUUUUUUUCCAUAGGGUAUUUUUGCUUUUGGGAAAAAGAGGGUGAGAGAGCAGGGGCAGCACCAAGCUCCAUCACUUCCUCCCUCCGGUGAUGCCGCGUGCUCCUUGCUCCAUCCGGCAGUGCUUCCUGCCCACCCCCGCGACCCACUGGGGAACACUGCACGUUGCCCAUUUCGGGGCUAAGUCCCCACUUUUGGGGCAGCUGGGGCCACGGUCUUCUUGGCGCAAAGCUUUCCCCCAGCAGCGCGGUGCCCUCGCCUGUGGAUGAUGGGCACGACCGCCAGCACGGCUCAGCAGACAGUAUCAGCCUCUGCCUUCGAGAGUGUGCACGGCAUUGGCACCAUGGAGGACCAGCGCUCCCUGAGCAUCCACUCCUUCCAGACCCUUGGGCUGCACAACAGCAAGGCCAAGUCCAUCAUCACCAACAAAGUGGCACCUGUGGUCAUCACGUACAACUGCAGGGAGGAGUUCCAGAUCCACGAUGACCUGCUGAAGGCCAACUACACAGUGGGACGCAUCUCUGAGGCCACGUUGGAGCACUACCUGGUGCAGGGCAAAUAUUUCAUGGUCAGAGAUGUGUACAACAAGUUGGAUGUCUUGAACACUACUGGCAGCUGCGGCGCUCCGAAUUUCCGGCAAGCCAAAGGAGGCUACGCGGUGUUUGGCAUGGGUCAGCCCAGCCUCAACGGCUUCAAGCUUGUGCUGCAGAAGCUGCAGAGAGAGGGCCACAAGGAGUGUGUCUUCUUCUGCGUUCGCGAGGAACCUGUGCUCUUCUUGCGAGUGGAGAGCGACUUUGUGCCCUAUACGCCGCGGGGCAAGGAGAACCUCCAUGAGAACCUGCACAGUUUGCGGAGGGGUUUGCGGGUGGAAGACCUGGAGCUCACCAUCCGCAAAGAGAUCCAUGACUUCGCACAGCUGAGCGAGGGAGUCUACUAUGUCUACAAUGACAUUGAGCGCUUCCGGGAUGAGCCGCACAGUGUGCGGGUGCAGGGUGAGGAGGACAUCCACGUGACGGAGGAGGUGUACCGCCGGCCCAUCUUCCUCCUGCCCACCUACCGCUACCACCGCCUGCCCCUGCCAGUGGAUGGGGCCCCUCUGGAGGAGCAGUUGGAUGCUUUCAUCUGCUUCCUUAGGGAGAGCCCUGGCCUGCUGCUGCGGGAUCCUGGCCACCCCCCGCCAGCACUGCUCUUCAGCUGCCAGACCGGCGUGGGCAGGACCAACUUGGCCAUGGCCUUAGGCACCCUUGUCCUCCACCACCACCGAGGAGGAGCAGCACCGAAGCCUGACCCCCCACAUCCAGCCAAAACGCCACCAAGGGCCAGGUUUCGGGUCAUCCAGAGCUUCAUCGAGAUGGUACCCAAAGGGCAGCAGAUGGUGGAGGAGGUGGACAACGUGAUUGCCUCCUGCUCGGAGAUGCAUGACAUGAAGGAAGCCAUCUAUGAGUCCAAGAAGAAGCUGGAAGGGAUUGGAGAAGACUACCAGAUCCAGGGGAACAGUACCAAAGAAUACUUCCUCCAGAGGACUCUGCAGAGCCUUGAACGCUAUUUCUACCUGAUUGCCUUCAACUACUACCUUCACGAGCAGUACCCCCUGGGCUUUGCCCUCAGCUUCAGCAGGUGGAUGUGCAGGCAUCCUGAGCUCUACCGGCUGCAGGCGAGCAUGAACUCUUCUGAACUCACCAUCACCGGAGACAUCAUCACCAAGGGGAUGCGAGUGCUGGUGGUGGAUGAGCGCUUCUGCCCAGAUGUGCUGAGCACCGUCAAGGAAAUGAGCGUGGCCAAUUUCAGACGGGUGCCUAAGAUGCCCAUCUAUGGGACAGCGCAGCCCAGCUCCAAGGCCCUUGGCAGUGUCCUGCGGUACCUGACAGAUGUGAAGAGAAAGCACUCGCGCAUCUUGUGGGUCAACCUGCGGGAAGAGGUGGUGCUGGAGGGGAAUGAGCAAAUCUACACACUCAGGGAGCCGGGGAGCCUUGACCAACUCAUCCCUGUGCCAGUAUCCACACCUGAGCAGCUAGAGAAACUAGAGUCCACGCUGAAGGGUGACCUGCUGAAGUCGCAGAAGUGGCUGGAGGUCUACCUGGAGGCAGAGAAGCAGAUGAAGAUGUUCAAGAGCUGCCUAACCACGCAGGAGAUCUUCAACCAGCAUAAGAGCACCUGCCAGGGCCUGAUCUACCGGCGCAUCCCCAUCCCUGACUUCUGUGCUCCCAAGGAGCAGGAUUUUGACCGGUUGCUGGAGGUGAUGAAGAGCGCCCUGACUGAGGACUCACGGACAGCCUUUGUGUUCAACUGUGCCAGUGGCCGGGGCAGGACCACCAUGGCCAUGGUCAUCGCUGUCCUCACGCUCUGGCACUUCAACGGCAUCCCUGAGAUGAGUGAGGAUGAGAUCGUGAGCGUGCCUGAUGCCAAGUACACUAAAGGGGAGUUUGAGGUAGUGAUGAAGGUAGUCCAGCUCCUGCCCGAUGGUCACCGGAUGAAGAAGGAGGUAGACAUGGCCCUGGACACGGUCAGUGAGACCAUGACGCCCAUGCACUACCACCUCCGAGAAAUCAUCAUCUGCACCUACCGGCAGGGGCGGUCAGGCAAGGAUGAGCAGGAGCGACAGCUGCUGCGGCUGCGGAGCCUGCAGUACCUGGAGCGCUAUAUCUACCUGAUCCUCUUCAACGCCUACCUGCACCUGGAGAAGGAGGACUCCUGGCAGCGGUCCUUCAGCCUCUGGAUGCGUGAGGUGGUGGCUGUGGCUGGUGUGUAUGAGGUGCUGGACAGGCUGGGCUUCCCUGAGCUGGAGCGGCCGGAGGAUGAGGAGCCGCUGCGGAGGCUGCGUGGACGCUGGCGAGUGCAGAGCAGGGCCGACUGGCCCAGCCGUGGGGACUUCGUGUAG